GUCGAAAGAAAUUUGGGGAGGUUAAGAAUGUAAAGUUGACAUUUUUUAAAAAGACUAAUUUUACAGAAAAGUUUAUUUUUGAAAGAAACAUUUAACAAAAUACCAACAUGUCGAGAUCUUCAACAAGAUUUGAUACUAAAAAAGUGAAUUCAGAGUUAGUUACUCUUACGUAUGGUGCUCUGGUUGCCCAAAUGAUGAAAGAUCUUGAUAAUACUGACGAUGUUAGUAAGCAAUUAGAACGGCUUGGUUAUAACAUGGGAAUUAGGCUUAUCGAAGAUUUUUUGGCAAAAACUGGUACUGGGAGAUGUCUAGAUUUAAAAGAUACAGCAGAUAAAAUACAGACUGCUUUUAGAAUGUAUUUAGGUGUACAACCAAACGUAGCAAACUGGAGUGCAGCAGGAGACGAGUUUUCUUUUAUCUUGGACACAAAUCCUCUGACAGACCUUGUAGAAUUACCAGACGAUCUUAAGAGUCUGAAAUACUGUAAUAUUAUUUGUGGCGCGAUAAGAGGUGCUCUAGAAAUGGUUCAGUUGGAUGUGCAAAGUUGGAUUGUGCAGGACCAGUUAAAAGGUGAUCAGAACACAGAAAUCAGAGUAAAAUUUAUAAGAAGAUUGGAAGAUGCAAUGCCUGCUGGUGAAGAUUAAAUAUUUCAUCUUUUCUGAUAUUCCAUUUACUAUUUAAGUACAACAUACAUUUAUUAUUAUCAUCAGUUUAUCAACAUUAAUCAUUUUUAUAAAUACGUUGUUUUACUUGCAAUAAAAAAAUAGAGAAGUACCAAGAAAAUGCCUGUAGGUGGUAAGUCAUUAUUUAUUUAUGCU